CACUGAGGAUCAGAGUGGGCGGGAGGGGAAAUAGGAAUCCCCCCUCUCUCUCUCUCUCUCUCUCUCACACACACACACAGACACACACACACACACUCUCUGUUUCAGAGACUGGACACACUCAAUGAGUCGGGAAUCCUCAGAGUAGAAGCUGUGUAUAUCCGAGUGGAGAACUUACACCACUUCUUUCAUUUCGACUUCUCCAUACAAUGUGAGGAAAUGGCCGAGCAAAGUGAAAUGCCUCUUCGUUCCGCCAUGGCGAAGCUCUAUUCUGCACCGGAGCGGGAAUGCUGAGCUGUGGAUGAGGCAGUGUGAAUCGGGUCAUCAUGAGUUUUCAUGAUGAAGCACAGACACAGCAGAUACAGUCUGACUGGGUGGAGAUUUUGGAGCCGCGCUCCCAUGAGCGCAUGUACGUUAACCUGGCGACGGGUGAGUGCGGCUGGGAGGCACCGUCCGGCGUGACCGUUCGGCAGUCCGACGGAAAUCAGUGGUGGGAGCUGUUUGAUAACAACAACAACCGUUUCUAUUACUACAACUCCUCCAGCCAGCAGACAGUGUGGCACCGGCCGCAGGGCUGCGACAUUGUGCCGCUGGCGCAACUCCAAGCCAUCAAGAAAAGCUCCGAGGUAGAGCUAAGGGGCAAUGGGAAGAGCGGAAGGAACACCCCUGUGGCUGCAGUGGUAUCACCCAACUCAACCAUCUCCAGCGGCCGGGAGACGCCAUCGUUAAAGAGCAGAGGGGGCAGUUUGGAGAAGAGGGGUGAAUGCAACAGAGAGCCAAAUCCAAAAUGGCAGCCUGCUCCAGGCUCCAAGGCAGCCAUGUUGGUGAAAGUAAGCAGCACUGGCCGGAACCAGCACAUCACCCCUGCUAGCCCCGGCCCCCUUCUUCAUUUGAACAUGUCCGGCAGCAACACCUCCUCUCCUAACCCUACAUACCCCAAAAGAACUGCCUCCUUUGGCAAGAUGGACCCCAAGCAGUCUUUUCAUCUCCUUAAAAAGGCUGACAGUGGCAAUUUGAGUAUGGGGAUGCCCAGCUCUGGUGCCCCCUCAUCUGCAAAUGUUCUUCGCCCUAACUCUCCUCAGUAUGCAGCCAUACCCCCUGUGCCAAUCUACGAUGAGCCUCCAGCCUCAGAUCCGCCCAUUUAUGAUGAACCACCAGUAGACAUGGAGGUAGAAAGGGCUGACUACCUGACGCACGACCCCUACAGGCCUACGCACAGCAUGCCGCGAUUGGCUCCACCCCCUAAACUUCUCCAGUUCCCCCAAGCCAAGCACAAGCGGCAUCCCUCGGCUGGAGAGUACAGCGCGGCUGGGCGUGAAUGCAUCAAGCACAUGGUGAAUGUGGACCUCCAGUCAGGAGAAAGUCCAAAAGAGCAGCUUUCCAUGGAGAAGAAGCAGCCCUGGCAUAGCCGUCAGAGCAGCCUGGCAUCUCAGGAGUAUCCACAACCCUCUACUGUUACCUACCAGGACUCAGGCUACUCGACAGGGCCCUCACCGAGUCUACGUAGGAAGAAUCGAAGAAGGGCAGUGCCAGGGCAUGGAAGUGGCAGCGAGCUCAGUGACAAGCUGAUGGCUGAGAUGAAGGUGGCUUUACUGAGCUCCGAAGGCUCAUUUAAGAGCGCGACACUGCCUGAAGCAGCUUCAGGCUCAGGGGUAGAUGUGAUGGGCAGCGAGCGUUCACUGUACAGCAGACACGGAGAUGCAGCGCUGACCUCAACCGAAGGGUUAGCAGGGGGGCAGAAGAGGACAUACGAGAAGGUGGACUCAUUGGAGAAGAGUGAAGCAUCUCACACUAGCCUGUCCUCUCCUGAGCCACCUGCAUCACCCUCACAGGCAGGAACACUGGACUCCAAAAGCCAGCCUGACUUCCGCUCCGAACACGGAAGGGAGAACGAUCGUGACAUACCGGGUCACUGCACCACUUCUGUCUCCUCACUGCCCAUCCUCCAGGUGCAUACCCCCACCUCUGGUACCACCUACCAGUACCCCUACUCUACCCUAUGCAAACCCCGGAUUGAUGUGGAUAUGGAAGCAUGGGCUACCAAGAACCUGAACCAGCACACACGAGGCCUGCUGCGCCGGCGCGUCUCCAUCGCCACCAUGCUGUCAUGGAGCAGCGCUUCAAUCAGGAAGCCUAUGCUGAUCACGAGCGACCGGGCCAUCAAGAAAGAAGCGUGCGACAUGUUCAAGCUGGUGCAGACGUACAUGGGCGAUCGGCAAGUAACACGCCUCGACCGCCGCCACGUUGCCCUUCACAUUGUGACCAGGUGCUGGAGCAUGCAGGGUCUGAGGGACGAGCUUUAUGUCCAACUGAUCCGACAGACUACGGACAACCUGAACCUCAGCAGCCUCUGUGCCGGCUGGGAGCUCAUGGCCAUUAGCCUGGCCUUCUUCUCUCCAUCACCCAAGUUCAGACGCUACCUUGAGGGUUACAUUCAGAGACACCUGGAGCCCAGUAAUGACAAGAAGAUUUUACAGAGGAUUGUGGAACAACAGGACAUAAAGAACAAGAAGAACUCGAAGUCCAGGAAGAAGAGGAAACAGAACAAUGAAGAAGAGGAAGAACAGGGUCUGCCGAUCAGCACUUACGCCAAAUACUGCUACCGCAAGCUACAGAAAGUUGCUGUGACUGGAGGUAAAAAGGGUCUGAGGAAACCUACCCUGGACGAGAUUGAUCACGGGAAAAACGCCAUAGUGACGCCCUCGCUGUUCGGAAGUGCUCUGGAGGAGAUCAUGGAGAGGCAGAGCCAGCUGUUUCCUCACAGGAGGUUGCCCUGGGUGCAGGUGCAGCUUUCUCAGUGUGUCCUGGCACUCGGUGGAGCCCAAACUGAGGGGAUUUUCAGAGUUCCUGGAGACAUAGACGAAGUAAAUGCUCUGAAAUUACAAGUGGACCAGUGGAAAAUUCCAGAAAACCUCUCUGACCCUAACGUCCCUGCAUCACUUUUAAAGCUGUGGUACAGGGAGCUGGAGGAGCCUGUGAUUCCACAGAAUUUCUAUAUGCAGUGUAUCAGUCAUUAUGAGGACGCCGAGGCAGCUAUCAACGUAGUGCAGGCUUUACCAGAGCUGAACAAACUGGUGCUGUGUUACUUCAUCCAUUUCUUACAGGUUUUCGCACAACCAGUGAAUGUAAGGAAAACUAAGAUGGACGUGAACAAUCUGGCCAUGGUGAUGGCGCCCAACUGCCUGCGCUGCCAAUCAGACGACCCGCGCAUCAUAUUCGAGAACACACGCAAAGAGAUGUCCUUCCUCCGCAUUCUCAUUGUGCAUCUGGACACCAGCUUCAUCAAGGACCUAGUGUGACAUUUAGGCCACUACAGUGCGCCUCCCCGCUCGUACGUGUGCCCGUGGGGGUCUCUUUCGUUACAGGGUUUAGACCUCUGGCGUUGUUGCCAAUUACCAGUCGUGCUGUUUGGCUUAAAAAAUGAAUAAAAAUGGCAUGCUGAUGUCUCAAGGAGAGCAGAACUUGGUUUUCUUUUUAAACCUCUUAGCAAAAACCUCCAAAUAUAAAUCAUUGGCAAGUCAUUCAGUGACUUACUCAAUACCAGCAUUGUUUUUGGAGGUUUUCACCUGUUUGACUCCAUUUGGAGCAAACAGAAAUGCAGAUGCCAUUGUAAAGACUGAAUCGAUUCAGAAAGUAAAUCAUUUCCACUGGUGGACACUCCAUCUGCAACAAGCAGACUGUUAACUGUAAUAUGAUACCAAAUGUGCAGGGAUCUACAGCUCUUUGGAUUAAUACUAAUAACUCGGUUGGGUUUCGACAUGAUUUUUGUUUCUCUGCUAGAUUAUCUGGUCAAUGAUCCAUUGUUUCUCUGUGGAUUUUUUUUUAUUUAAUAUGGUUUGAGUGUGUUGGAUAUUUAAUGGAUACUAAUCUCUAUGUUAUGGAGUGUAUGAGCCUCUGGUUUUAAAACCUCAGUCUCAUGCUGUGUGCGUAUGCUCUGCUUAUGUUGAUGUGUGUCUGAAAAAAAGUUCUGUUGGCUCCUUUGUGGCCUGCUGACUUUAAACAUGGUGUCUGUCCUCAACUGUGUGUGUGUGAGAUGAUGUUCUGAAAGGUUAUCCUUCUGUAAUCAGGCAUGAAAGGUGCUUCGAAACAACCUCUCCUUUAUCUCAUCUCCUUCUAAAAAAUACUUCAUUUGAUUUAGUGCAUGCUAUUUUUAUCCAUUACGUAUAACAGAAGGCACCCAGGACUUUUCACUGUGUUCCAGAUCAUACAGUUAGACAAUAUACAGUAUUAGGCUCCGAGACCAAUUUCAGUUCUGACUCCAGCAGUUCAGAUGUCUCGUGGUAGUGAUUCAGGGUAUCUGGACUUGUGUUUAUAACAUUUUGUCACUCAUGCAUAGGCUUUCAUCAGUUCCUAAAGCCACAUGACUUGGAUUCUAAAACACAACUCAGUCCGCAGAUGACGUGGAUGACUGAAAUGCUUCACAAACAUAUUUUUACGUUGUUAUUUUCCAUAAGACGGAGACGCAGUUUCAUAUCUCAGAUGUGUGGUUAAGGACCGAGCCAGGACCCAGGCUGUAGUAUAUUUAGCUCUGUGGUCAGACUUUGGGGUUUAGCACCCAGCAUGGGAGCGUUUUGGCUCGUGAUUUUGGAACGAGCCCGUUUUCUUUGACCGCACGUGUUUGCACACAAAGCACACUCUGACUUCUGUUUUUCUUAAGAUGUAGGCCACAAAUAAGAUGGUUCCGUCAGGCAAAAACAGUCAAGCAUGAUUAGUUGCUUGUUAAAACCCCCUUGCUGGCAUUUCCGUCUGGGUCCUGCUUCUCCACUCCCCCUGAUGGCACACAUUACACACAGUCCCUAAUCGUGCUCUUCAUGGCUGGAGGGAGCUAGUAGUAGUAUUCCUUGUGCCGUAGAAGAUUCCUUUUUUCUCAUCAUCAAUGUUCAAUGGUCAAUGUGAAACAAGCAACCUGACUGGAAAAUACACCUAUAGAACACACCAUAUACAACAGUUUUCUCACAGGACUUAACAGCAGCUUCAUGCCACUGACAAUUGUGUUAUUUUGUAAAUAUGAUUUACAAGAUAUUGUUUGUUUACCUAAUUUAUCCCUUUUCAGUCAAGCCUUACUACAUCCAUUUACUUUACAUCGGAUCAGGCGGUUCAGAGUUCUGUCUUUCUUUUUUGUAUGUUCUUUUUUUUGUUUCUAUAUCUAUAUAUAAUCCUUUUGAUGAUUGUGUUAGUGAACAGAACUGUAGCAGAAUACAGCCACACUACUCCUGUGCGUGCGCGUGUGUGUGUGUGUGUGUGUGUGAGUGUGUGUGUGAGUGUGUGUGUGUGUGGUCGACCUCCACUAUGCUCCUGUAUUGCACUUACCUGUGUGUCCUCCUUCUCUGCAGUUUCCAGUGAUCCUUGCGGGGACUAAUGACCUCUUAUUUGAAAUUGUACAUUUUUGGGUUUUUUUUGCUGCGGCCUCUGAUGGGCCAGCGGGAAAAAUAAAGAUGGAUGGCAAGCA